AUGACUUUUGAGUCGACUCAAAAGUCAACCCAGAGCAGCGGCGCCUCUCCUCACAGCCCCCCAGAGCAGCGGCGCCUCUCCUCACAGCCCCCCAGAGCAGCGGCGCCUCUCCUCACAGCCCCCCAGAGCAGCGGCGCCUCUCCUCACAGCCCCCCAGAGCAGCGGCGCCUCCUCCUCACAGCCCCCAGAGCAGCGGCGCCUCCUAUGGAUCCCCACAUAGGAGGCAUGGCAGCAGCGGCGCCUCUCCUCACAGCCCCCCAGAGCAGCGGCGCCUCUCCUCACAGCCCCCCAGAGCAGCGGCGCCUCCUCCUCACAGCCCCCAUAGCAGCGGCGCCUCCUCCUCACAGCCCCCAAAGCAGCGGCGCCUCCUCCUCACAGCCCCCAAGAGCAGCGGCGCCUCUCCUCACAGCCCCCAGAGCAGUGGCGCCUCUCCUCACAGCCCCCCAGAGCAGCGGCGCCUCCUCCUCACAGCCCCCCAGAGCAGCGGCGCCUCCCCCUCACAGCCCCCCGGAGCAGCGGUGCCUCUCCCUCACAACCCCCCAGAGCAGCUGCACCUCUCCUCACAACCCCCCAGAGCAGCUGCGCCUCUCCUCACAACCCCCCAGAGCAGCGGCGCCUCCUCCUCACAGCCCCCCAGAGCAGCGGCGCCUCUCCUCACAGCCCCCCAGAGCAGCGGCGCCUCUCCUCACAGCCCCCCAGAGCAGCGGCGCCUCUCCUCACAGCCCCCCAGAGCAGCGGCGCCUCUCCUCACAGCCCCCCAGAGCAGCGGCGCCUCCUCCUCACAGCCCCCAGAGCAGCGGCGCCUCCUAUGGAUCCCCACAUAGGAGGCAUGGCGUGGCAGCAGCGGCGCCUCUCCUCACAGCCCCCCAGAGCAGUGGCACCUCCUCCUCACAGCCCCCAGAGCAGCGGCGCCUCCUCCUCACAGCCCCCAAGAGCAGCGGCGCCUCUCCUCACAGCCCCCAGAGCAGUGGCGCCUCUCCUCACAGGCCCCCAGAGCAGCGGCGCCUCCCCCUCACAGCCCCCCAGAGCAGCGGUGCCUCUCCCUCACAACCCCCCAGAGCAGCUGCACCUCUCCUCACAACCCCCCAGAGCAGCUGCGCCUCUCCUCACAACCCCCCAGAGCAGCGGCGCCUCCUCCUCACAGCCCCCCAGAGCAGCGGCGCCUCCCCCUCACAGCCCCCCAGAGCAGCGGCGCCUCCCCCUCACAGCCCCCCAGAGCAGCGGCGCCUCUCCUCACAGCCCCCCAGAGCAGCGGCGCCUCCCCCUCACAGCCCCCCAGAGCAGCGGUGCCUCUCCCUCACAACCCCUCAGAGCAGCUGCACCUCUCCUCACAACCCCCCAGAGCAGCUGCGCCUCUCCUCACAACCCCCCAGAGCAGCGGCGCCUCCUCCUCACAGCCCCCCAGAGCAGCGGCGCCUCCCCCUCACAGCCCCCCAGAGCAGCGGCGCCUCCCCCUCACAGCCCCCCAGAGCAGCGGCGCCUCCUCCUCACAGCCCCCCAGAGCAGCGGCGCCUCCUCCUCACAGCCCCCAGAGCAGCGGCGCUUCCUCCUCACAGCCCCCCAGAGCAGCAGCGCCUCCCCCUCACAGCCCCCCAGAGCAGCGGCGCCUCCUUCUCACAGCCCGUCAGAGCAGCGGCGCCUCCUCCUCACAGCCCCCCGGAGCAGCGGCGCCUCCUCCUCACAGCCCCCCAGAGCAGCGGCGCCUCCUCCUCACAACCCCCCAGAGCAGCGGCGCCUCCUCCUCACAGCCCCCCAGAGCAGCGGCGCCUCGCCCUCACAGCCCCCAGAGCAGCGGCGCCUCCUCCUCACAGCCCCCCAGAGCAGCGGCGCCUCCCCCUCACAGCCCCCCAGAGCAGCGGCGCCUCCCCCUCACAGCCCCCCAGAGCAGCGGCGCCUCCUCCUCACAGCCCCCCAGAGCAGCGGCGCCUCCUCCUCACAGCCCCCAGAGCAGCGGCGCCUCCUCCUCACAGCCCCCCAGAGCAGCAGCGCCUCCCCCUCACAGCCCCCCAGAGCAGCGGCGCCUCCUUCUCACAGCCCGUCAGAGCAGCGGCGCCUCCUCCUCACAGCCCCCCGGAGCAGCGGCGCCUCCUCCUCACAGCCCCCCAGAGCAGCGGCGCCUCCUCCUCACAACCCCCCAGAGCAGCGGCGCCUCCUCCUCACAGCCCCCCAGAGCAGCGGCGCCUCGCCCUCACAGCCCCCAGAGCAGCGGCGCCUCCUCCUCACAGCCCCCCAGAGCAGCGGCGCCUCCUCCUCACAGCCCCCCAGAGAAGCGGCGCCUCCUCCUCACUGCCCCCCAGAGCAGCGGCGCCUCCUCCUCACUGCCCCCCAGAGCAGUGGCGCCGCAUCCUCACAGCCCCCCAGAGCAGCGGCGCCUCCUCCUCACAGCCCCCUGAGCAGCGGCGCCUCCUCCUCUCAGCCCCCAGAGCAGCGGCGCCUCUCCCUUACAGCCCCCAGAGCAGCGGUACCUCCCCCUCAUCUCCAUGCCAGGUGCCUGAGAUGAGUGUGACUGAGCUGCACCAGCUACUGCCGCCCCCUCACCAGCUCACCCCCUCCCGCUCUUCUCUUCUUCUCCCCUCAUCUCCAUGCCAGGUGCUUGAGGCAGAUGCACCGUCGGAUCGUCCCGCAUCUACCUGCCAUUUGGCAAAUCAGCAUCCGGCAUUCCCGUUGGACCGUCUGCCUGACGACGUGCUCUCAUUGGUCCUCCAGCAUCUCUCCCGCAACUCCCUCGCGCACGCCUUUGUGUGCAAGCGCUGGUUCCGUCUCACGUGCCUCGCGCGCGUCUACCUCAAGGUUCCGCGCGCCGUGCACUCCGCGCAGCUUCUCUCCGCCGUAGACACAUUCCCGACAUUGUCACAACUCGAUAUAGCGGAGAACACCGUUCCGCACGCGACAGACGAACUCCUGCGCGGAAUUUCCCCGCGCUGCUCCAAUCUCACGCGCCUGCUCAUCGGGUACCAGUUCCGCGCGCGCUUCUCCCCCGCAGGGCUCUCCGCGCUCUUCCGCGGGUGCGCACGCCUGCAGCAGCUCCGCCUGUUCUCCCUCAGCGGGAUCUCCGCGCUACCCGCGUCCCUCACGCUCCUCUCCCAGCUAGAAGUGCUCGAGUUAGGGGACGACCCAGCCUGGCGCGGAUUGGAUACGUUCACGAAACUGAUUGAACCCGAUAUAAGCCUAGAUUCGUUAAGCUGUAUGAGGAAGCUGGUUGUGAGCAGUCGCUGCUUUGAGAGCCUACCGUGGAGCAUCGGCGAGCUGACACGUUUGGAGCAUCUAGAAAUCCAUUCAGAGGUCCUUAGUUCGCUGCCCGGCAAUUUCGGGCAGCUAGGGUCGUUGGCGGUGCUGAAGCUCGAGGCCAAGUCUUUGGAGGAGCUGCCCGAGAGCCUGGGCAGGUUGAAAAACCUGCAGCGAUUGUGGCUGACAAACUGCGAGAGUCUGUCCAAACUUCCCGACUCGUUCGGGCAGCUUUCCAGCCUAUCCUUCCUCAGCAUACACCUCUGCGACCGGCUCCGGUCUCUCCCAGAAAGUUUCAGCUUCCUGCCCGCUUUGGAAACCCUAAAACUGCACGAGCUUUCGAGCCUGCGCACGCUGCCCGAACUCUUCGGGCACCUGCCGAAGCUGAGAGUCCUCGACAUGAGCACAUGCGGGGUGGUGCGCCUGCCCCUCUCCCUCUACCUCCUAGCCCGCUUGGAACGACUCAGCAUUGCAGCUUUCCCGGACCUCCCCCACGUGCCCCCCCUCACCGCGCAACUCCUCCCUCCACCACCCCGCCCGUCCCACGAAUCCCUUCCGCCUGGCACCGCCUCUGCAUCGCUUGCGCCUCCCUCCCCUUCCCAAGCGUCUUCGUCGGUUGCUCGGGGAGGCGUUUCUGGAGGAUCCUUUUCCGUCCCCCAUCAGAAUGUGAGUCAGGAGCAGGGGCAGGAUCAACAGAGGAGGGCGCGGCCUAUUGGGUUGCGUACUGGGUUGGGUGGGCGUAUGCAGGAAGAUGAGGAGGAGGAGGAGGAGGAGGAGGAGGAGGAGGAGAGAGCGGAUGAGAUGCAGGAGGGGGUGGUGCAGCAGCAGCAGCAGCAGCAGCAAGAGGAAGGGAGGCCAUGGGAAGGGGGGGAACAGCAGGAGGGGAAUCUGGCAGGGAACUACUCCCACUGGAGUGUGGGGAGGCAGUUUCCUUCGUCCUCGUUAGGGCUGUCCUCGUUAGUAAUACUAGAGAUGACGGACCACACUGGGAUCCUUGCCUUGCCCGAAGAUCUAGGCUGCCUGCCAAAGCUGGAGCUUCUCAGGCUGGUCAGACUGGACAAUUUCACUGUCCUGCCCGAUUCUCUCGGGCAGCUGAAAUCCCUGCGCAAGCUAAUGCUUUCUCAGCUGCCCAAUCUUGAGUACCUCCCUGCCUCUCUCCCACAACUGCCAUCCCUCGAACUGCUGGUCAUUCACCAAUGUGCCAACCUGGCAUCCCUGCCACGUGGCACAAUCUCAGGCCUUCGGAACCUGUCCAAGGUGGCACUUAUUGAGUGCACAAGCUUGUGCAGUCUGGAUAGUGAGGAGGGGAAGGCCAGCAGGGGCGGCACGGACACGUUACGGCAUGUGCUUGUGUUUGAUUGUGGCAUGAAGUCCCUUCCACCAUCUCUUCUACAUGUGGAGUCACUACAGACUACCCUUCGCAUGAUCUGGGUGUAUCAUUUAUCCAACCUGCCCGACUCCUUCGGGCAGCUCUCAAACCUCCGUCACCUGGAACUGGAGCAGUGCACGGCUCUUCGAGACCUGCCCGGCCCGGUCGGCUCCCCUUGCCAAGGCCAGAUAUGGCUGCCCGCUCUCGAAAGCCUUCGUCUGGUGGGACUCCGCCAUCUGGACUCUCUCCCUCCACUCGGGCAGCUUAAAAACCUUCGCAGGCUGACCGUGUCACUUCUGUGGAAGCUUGAGGAGCUUCCUCCGUCCCUCUCCCUGCUCUCCAACCUGCAAACCCUAGUCAUGCAUGGCUGCUCGCAGCUGAAAUCCCUCCCUCACAACGUCCCCUCCGCCCUGUCCUCUCUCUCCUCCCUCGCGAUUCGCUCCUGCCUCAGCAUUCAAGAUCUGGAUUUGCUUUCGUUUUGCAAUGAUGCUAUGGAGGCAUGUAGUGUGGGUGGGGUGGAGGGGAGGGUGACCAGUGAAGCGGUGAAGUGCGAUGCGUUACGGUGCGACAAUGUGGAGGGGGAUUCUCCUCCUGAAGCUGAAAUGUGCACAUUAGCAGGUGCUACCAGAGGCGCUGUGGCUGCUGCCAUCUCUCCAAUGUGUGCACCAUUUCAAUCACAAGUGGAUGGGCGGUAA